AAUAGGGGAAUUCAACUGUAGAGACGUUUGUUUGAUUUUCAGAGCGUCAAAGAAAGCCAAAGACGAGUUUUUUUUUUCUUUUAUCACAUUCGCCGUCUCCCCUCUCCGGCCUUCCUACACGCUCGCUUCAUCUUUUCUCUCCGCCGUUGCGUUUCUCUCUGCCGGUUUCCGUUCUCUCCGCCACCACAGGGGGGCUGAAGCUGACCGAGCCGAACCGAACAAACAGACAAAAACCCUAUUCGCUGCUCUGAACACCCAAGCCUCUCUCUCUCUCUCUCUCUCAUUCCCUAUCCCUUCCCUUCUCUCUCUCUAUCUCUCUCUCCGCCGCCGCUUCUUUCUUCACAGUCUCUUUCUAUAUAUAUAGAUUUUGUUGUUGCCCUCUUCAGACGCAUUUCUUUUUGUUUUGGGAAUAUACAGCAACCAGUGGGGGCAGUUAUUAAAACAGUUGCGACUUCUGGGGUUCGUCAAUCAGUUUGAGGGUAGGGUUAGUUCUUCGUCUUCAUCGGAUAUCUCACAGGUUAUAUUAUUUAUCUCGUGUGUUGUUAUUACUCUUGCGGUUUGGACCUCGGCGGAAAAUUUUUGGAGGGUGCAUAUUUGGUUUAGGGUUUCUGAUAAUUUUUUUGGCACAUUCAAUCGGAGUUCGGAUUCUGGUUGUCCCAAUUUCUUAUUUCGUUAGGUUUUGAUUUUGUUUUUCCCUUUUCCGAUCGAACUGUUUUGACGGGGACAAUCUUCUGGUUUGGAAUUGCUCUACUGCUUUAUUCGUCAGGUAUACCUUCUUUAUAUCUCUGCAUCUUUAACCGAUUCCCUCAAAGACGAGGGGUUUCGAGGUGUUUUGCUGACCGAAUCUACACCGAGGCCGGGAGCGAUAGUGAGGCCUUUCCUCUUACCAUUCUUUUUAAUUGAACCGCUUCAUCAUAUCCCUGCUAUUUCCUCUGGUUUCAUCCUCUGAUAUUCCAUUCCCGUAUGAGAAUUAGGUUAUGUUGAUUUUGCACAUACGAUAAGAUAAAACCCGUUCAGAAUGCGUUCAGCUUGUAGCCAAAUUGGUAGUUACUUGCUUGAAUAGUGGUGGCCGUGAAGUGGGAUAAUUGUAGAAGAUUGACUUCUUUUGUGGCAUUUAGGACAUAAAUUUUGAGAAUCAUCUUCUGCGUUCACUCCCGUGCGCGUGUUUGCAAAUCUGAAGCAAUUCACUGCGCAUGGUCAAUCUUUGGUGGAACCUUGGUUAUGCCACGAAGUUGAUGACACAUAUGGGUUGUAGUCGUGACUUGCAUAGUCAGGGAUGCCCGUGAAAGUUCGUUCAGCGCAAAAUAAAUAGAGGUUAGGCAUUCGAAAUAAUAAAGUACAGGCUAGGGUUUUAUAAAUUCCUCUGCAUAAGGAGUAAGUUUUCUGGAAAUUUGAGGUGGUAAAGAAGGCAAGAAGUGUUUUUUUCUUCUGAUAUUUUGAUCAUGUUCAGUAUUCCUUAUGGAAAGAAGUGAACCCACUUUAGUUCCAGAAUGGUUGAGAAAUACUGGAAGCGUUACUGGUGGCGGCAAUUCAAACCACCAUUUUCAGUCGCCUUCGCCCCACUCAGAUGUGCCUUCUCAAUCUCAACCGAGAAAUAGAACUUCAAAGACCACUGGUGAUUUUGACACUUCACGUCCUGCUUUUCUGGAUCGGACAGCUUCAUCAAAUUCAAGGAGAAGUUCAAGCAAUGGCUCUGCCAAACAUGCAUAUAGUAGCUUUAACAGGGGUCAUCGUGAUAAGGAUCGUGAGAAAGAAAAGGACAGGUUUAACUUUGGGGAUAAUUGGGACCGGGACUCUCAUGACCCUCUGGGAAAGUUACUUCCCAACAGGGUUGAUAAAGAUGCUUUGCGGCGCUCCCAUUCUAUGGUAUCCAGGAAGCAAGAUGAGUUGUUUCACCGAAGAGUUGCAACAGAUUUGAAAGCUGGUGUCAACAGCAGCAAUGGAAUGCCUCCUGGAAUUAGUGUUGGUAGUAGCAUUCAGAAAGCUGUAUUUGAAAAGGAUUUUCCAUCACUGGGAUCUGAAGAAAAGCAAGGAGCAUCAGAAAUUGGAAGAGUUUCAUCUCCUGGUUUGAGCUCAUCAGUUCAAAGCUUACCAAUUGGGAAUUCGGCCUUAAUUGUUGGUGGAGAGGGAUGGACGUCUGCCCUUGCUGAGGUGCCCAGUAUGAUUGGAAGUACCACAGGGUCAUCGUCAUUUCAACAAACUGUUCCUGCUACAUCAGGGGCAGGGCCUCUGAGUGUGACAGCUGGACUAAAUAUGGCUGAAGCGCUGGUGCAGGCUCCAUCUCGAGCUCGUGCUGCUCCCCAGGCUUCUGAGUUAUCUGUCAAGACCCAGAGGCUUGAGGAAUUGGCUAUUAAACAGUCCAGGCAAUUAAUACCGGUGACACCUUCUAUGCCAAAAGCUUCGGCGCUUAAUUCGUCUGAUAAAUCAAAGCCCAAAUUAGCAUCAAGAACUGGAGAACUUAAUGUUACUGUCAAGGGUGGACAGCCCCUGCCCUCGUCAGUCCAUGCCAACCAAUCUCGUGGAGGACAUGUCAAGUCCGAUGCUCAAAAGAGUUCUCAUGGGAAGUUUCUUGUUUUAAAACCUGCACGAGAAAAUGGUGUCUCCCCUACAGCAAAGGAUGUCUCAAGUCCAACUAGUAAUGCAAACAGCCAGUUCGCUCUUGCACCUUCAGUUCCACAUGCUCCUUUGAGAAGCCCGAAUAAUUCAAAUGUUGCUUCUGUGGAGCGCAAGAUGGCUAGCUUAGAUCUCAAAUCUGGAACAACUUUGGAAAAAAGACCGUCCUUAUCUCAAGUCCAGAGUCGGAAUGAUUUCUUUAACCUCAUUAAGAAGAAAACUUCAAUGAGUUCUUCUGCUGUUCUUUCAGAUUCAUGCUCUUCUGUGAAAUCUCCUUCAAUUGGCCAAUCUAAUGAACUAACAAGGGAAGAAAUUGACACUCCUGCAAGUCCUCAUGUUCUUGAAAAUGGUGUUGUGGAGAAUACAAAUGGAGAUAGUUCUGAAGAGGUUAGAUCAUCUUGUGACAGUGGUGAAAAAACUGAGACCCACGUUGCUGCUGAAUCUCUAGAUGAAGAGGAGGCUGCGUUUCUUCGUUCUCUUGGAUGGGAUGAGAACUGUGGUGAGGACGAAGGCCUUACUGAAGAAGAGAUCAAUUCUUUCUAUCGGGAGUACAUGAGCUUGAAGCCAUCUCUAAAAAUGGGCCGUAGCAUUCAGCCAAAGAUAUCUGUGCCGUCUGAAUCUCAUGAGGACAGCAAGGAUGGAGCCGGUUCUGAAUUGAGCUCAUCUGACUCGGAAGCCUGAAUAAUUUUUAUUUUUCACCCAUGAGAAGCUCUUGUUCACAAUUUUUAAGGCAGUGGGGUUAGUUCUUUUUUUUUUCCUUCACCUUUUUAAUUUUUUUUUUCUUUUUUUUGCCUUCUUUUUGUUUUCAUGGUUUUAAAGAAAUGCUGAUAGGAGUUGGGGUUGGAAGAAGAGAUGGAUGUUAAUUGAACACUGAACAGUGCAAAUAGUGCAAUAAGUUACAGUUGCCCAAAUCAUCAUCCUGCCUACCUCUACAGCGGGAAUUUUUGCGGUGUUUAAAAGGGCAGUUGCUGAGGUUUGGCAGGCCAAUGUUUUGUCUGCACUGAAAAAGAUGUAUGCAAAUUGCAUCUUUUUGUUUUGUUUUGGUUCUUUGUUAUCACUUUCGAGGAAGUUUUUUUAUUCUGGAAUUUGCUUGCAAAAUGAAAAAGAAAAAGAGAGAAAAAAAAAAAAAAAGGGCUGCUGCUUCUUCAAAGGAAAAUGAAAAAAAGUUUGUCUU